AUGGCAUCAAGGGGUAUAAAAAUAUUAUGCAACAAAUGUGAUAAGGAAAUACAUCAUAAGGAAUUUCUUAAAUGUUAUGUAUGCAAAUACAUUUAUGAAAUUGAAUGCUUAAGUAUAACAUCCAAACGCUUCUAUCUAAUGUCUAAAGAACGUAAACUUAAAUGGAAGUGCCAAACUUGCUUAGGACAGAAUACAGAUGUUACAGAAGCUAAAACCCCACAAAAACUAAGCAAUGUGACAAAAUCAUGUUCAUUAAAAAAAACUUUGCGUACUGAUGAAAACGUAACACAGAGAAAGCCAAGAGUGGGUAAACACAUUUCAAUUGAAGAUUUAUCAAGUAAUGAGAUCUUAGAAAACUCCACAUUCUUAGAUGAUAGUUCACAAAGUUUACCUAAUUUGACAACCACGGAAAGCUCCCUGAUUAUGAAUGAUCUAAGGAAUGAAAUACAUGCGCUUUCUACACAACUAUCUAGCGCACACAACGAAAUAGAUUUAUUAAAUUUGGAAAUCACAAAACAUCAAAAGAAAAUUACUGAACAGCAAAAGAAGCUCGAUAUAUACAAAAAACUUUUGUCAAAUGGAGAAGUAUCUUCACGAAGGUCAACACCGUUGAAGUUAGAUAAAAUUACACCGAUAAAGUUAGGUAAAAUUAUAUCCAAAUCACAGGAUACGAAUAGUAAAACCAAAGUUGAACAAAGUCUAAAUACUCAUUCGAUCACAGGAAAAGACCUAAAAUUGCAAGAAACUUGCAUAGAAAAAAAAGAAAGAUGUAUACAAUACAUCCAAUAA